AUGCGUCCUCGACACCGCGACGAGUUCGAGACACCGCGACGAGCGAUCGAGGCAUCGCUGGACGAGGUCUACGACCGAUUCGGCGAGAUCUACGAUAAGGAACCCGAGGAUCACAAUGUUUAUAUAAACGGACGCAUUGGCAAGCACAAUGUGGUCUUAUGCCAGGCGCCAGAGGCGGGGAAAUGCAGCUCAGCGAGCGUAGCUUCGAGUUUGAUAUUCAGUUACACAGGUGUGCAGCUCGCCCUAGUGGUGGGGAUAUGCGGCGGUGUUCCGUCCCCGUCCUGUAGUGAGAGAGAUAUCUUCCUAGGAGACAUUGUCAUUGCGGAUAGUGUGAUUGAAUUCGACGUUGGACUGCAGUGCCCGUGGGGAUUUCAGCGGGAAACGAGCGUCAAGGUUGUCCUUGGAAGGCCGAACAGAGCAAUACGAACUCUCUUGAACGCCCUAUCAAUCGAUGGAAACCGCGCAUUAAUGGAGACGGAGAAUACGCGUUUUCUGGAAGAGCUACAGUCUCGGGAAGGUUCAAAGUGGCAGUAUCCCGGAGCAGCAAAGGAUAUCCUUUUUGCGUCUGCAUAUCGACACCAGCAUCGCCAGCGGUCGGAUCUUGAGUAUGUUCGCAUUAACGGGGGAUGUGAGGAUACGCUCUGUAAGGACGCACCGGAGGAAGAAUGCUGCGUCCCUGGAUGCGAUGAGCAACAAGUCCAACGCCGCCGAUCCAGCGAAAAGGCAGUCAAGCCUGCACUCCAUAUCGGGACGAUGGCAUCAGGGGACACGGUAAUGGAGUCCGGAGAACAUCGUGACAGGAUUGCAGAGACGGAGGAGGUAAUUGCUUUUGAGAGCAUCGGGGCAGGAGUGUGGGACACGCUUCCCUGUGUGAUAAUCAAUGGCGUAUCCGACUAUGCCGAUGGCCAUAAGAAUGAAGUAUGGCAAAACUAUGCAGCGGCAGUAGCUGCCUCUGCUGCAAAGGCGUUUCUGCAAUACUGGGCACCCAGUGCGAAAGCUAAAUCUCGACAGGCCCAGAGUGUCCAUUCGAGAGUGCCAGUGCUUCAGACAGUCUUUAUAGGCCGAGAGAUUGAAGUGAAUGAGAUGAAGGAAGAAUUGGGAGACCCUAGGCAGGGAAGAAAAGGGGUAGUGCUCCGGGGACUUUGUGGAUACGGGAAAACACAGUUGGCCGUCCAUUACAUUUCCGUGAGAAGAACGCUGUAUGACUCCAUAUUGUGGAUCGAUUGUUCGUCUUGGGACGCUAUCCAUGGUUCCUUCUCUGAAAUAUGGCGGAAGAUACAAGGAUGCAUAGACGGUGAACAAUCACCAAUUGAGAGGGUGUUGGAGUGGUUGGUGCAAGAAACAAAUCCGGCUUGGAUCAUGGUAUUUGAUGGGGUUGAGAUCGCGGAUACUUCGGCAGCUAUGGAUAUCGACAUUAGAAAGUACUUUCCUUCGUGCGAUCAUGGGCAUGUCCUGUUGACAACCCUAUCGCCGUACUUACACACUCGGCUGGGCUACCCAGGUGUUGAAGAACCAGACUCUCCAGCUGUGGAAACAGCAAAGGCGAUUUCCCGCAAAUUUGGCGGAGUGCCCCUUGCCCUGGGACAAGCAGGAUCCUUCCUACGAUGUGGAUUAUAUUCCUUGCAGGAGUUCAAUCGGCGGUUUCAAGAACAAUUUGCAAAGUCGACUUUCAAGACCCCGCUGUAUAAUUGUAUCGGAGCAUACGAAAAGAGACAUACUUUGUGGACGGCAUUCGAAAAGUUGUACGACGCUGCGGGCCAGCGAAGUCCCGAUGCAAUCAAGCUUCUCCGUCUGGCUGUGUUCCUUGGGCCGGGACUAAUACCGGCAUCUCUGAUAAUGUACCCACCAGGUGAUCAUAACAAGUACUCAGUGCUAUUCAACUCACUGUCUGCAUGGGAAUCACCUGAUACAUCGUGGUUGAAGAUCAUAAAUUGGCUAGACAGCCUACGCUCACGGGUGGCUGAUUUCGCAAAUGCCCUUCGAGCUCUUGAGGAUUCCGGUCUUGUAAACUUCAAUCGCAAGCGAUCAGAUUCCGUGAUUGAAACCUUUGAAAUCGAUGAUAUGGUACGGUCCUUUGUUCGACUGAAACUGUCCUGCCAUGAUCUACGGGAUAAUGCAGCCGUUGCUUUUGUCCUCAAUGGACAGUCAUGUGCCGGUGUACACGCACAAUCUCAGCUGGAGAUACCUCAGGACCAUCUGGGUCGCUUGGGCACUGUUCUUGACGAUUUGAUGUCAUUGAUGCCGCCAGAGAUGAUUCAGCCUCCUGACGGCGACUAUUUCAGGCUCUGUGGCUCUGUUGCGUCAGUAUACGCACGAGUAAGUCAGCUCAAUGGGGACUAUGAGACGUCCAAGAGUUUGUGGGUCCUAGCUCUACAGUAUAUAACUCUUUCUCGGGGAGCAGGAUUGCCCACAAGUGGGGCAAAGCUGGAAGAUAUCAACGCGGCUGCAGGCAUUCUAAUGGGUGUAGACGAAAGCUUCCUCGAGGAAGCCUGGAAGCAAGCCUGUGAGAGUGUCACGUCGUCUCUGACAGCGAGUGCAAGCAAAGGGGAUUCGAGAAGCAAAGAAUUACGGCAUGACUUUGUGACUGGGCCUAUGUCCUCGACCGGAGAUAAACGAGGAAGUUUUGAAGGAUUUACAGGUGACGGAAUCUAG